AACACUGAUUUAUAGAUUUGACAGCGCCGCGUGGAAUGUGGACCGCAAGUGGAACGUAAUUGGACGCAUGUUGUACAAAAAGAAACGUCAAACUGCAAUCGAGUGAACCAAAACGAGCCAGCAAAUAAAUAAUAAGCAUACCCACUGGAAACCCACUGACAUAAAGGACUCGUACCGAAACAGGAUCAUUGUUGACUAGUUAUCGGAGGACUCGAAGAGCAGGAACCGCUCCCCAAGCAGCGGCGGCCCCAAAAUCGCCAAAAAGCCAUCGCGCACACAAACAAACAAACCCACGCACUCACACUCACACUCACACUCGCAAUCGCACUCGCAGCACUCGCGCAGCCAAGGAGCUGAAAUAAAAGCAAAAGAGAAUUCCGCCAUAAGAAGCAGAAGCAGCACUAGCAGUACUAGAAACUAGAAAACACAUAGUUAUCGUUCCCAUUCUCGAUCGGCUGAAGCGGUUGGAGCAACGGCAACCACAGCCACGGAAAUAGCCACAAUAACAGUCACAAAGUUUGGAUACGGAUUCGGAGCCGGAAGCCAUCGCCAGGAUGAGCAUGGAGAAAGUAGCCAGCAAGCAGUACGAGUCGAAAGUCUGGCCAGAAAUCGUCGACAGCGACGACAGCGAUGUGGAGAACGAGAUAGACGUGGACAAGCUGCCGCCACUGGAGGUGGGACCAGGCGAGAACCGGCUGCAGCACACAUAUUGCCUUUGGUUCUCCAGGAAGGGGACGCAGCGGGCGGCCGCCGACUACAGCAAAUCGCUGCACGUGGUCGGGCGGUGCGCCAGCGUGCAGCAAUGGUGGUCGCUUUACUCGCACCUCAUCCGGCCCACCGCCCUCAAGCCCUACCGGGAGCUGAGCCUCUUCAAGCAGGGCAUCAAGCCCAUGUGGGAGGACCCAGCGAACAGCAAGGGCGGCCAGUGGGUGAUACGGCUCCGCAAGAACAAGAUAGAACGGGCAUGGGAGAACGUCUGUAUGGCGAUGCUCGGCGAGCAGUUCCUCGUCGGCGACGAGAUUUGCGGCAUAGUGCUCCAGACAAAGUAUCCGAUAAAGCCCGAACGCAGCCGCACAAUGCAUACAAAUGAGCGGAGGUGCCCCGGAGUCACGUAGCCGCCAGGAUGGAGCAGGAGGAGCAGGACGAACUCUCGCGGAGAACCCCACCUCAAAAGCAACACCAAAAAGAGGUGGCUCUAAUUAAGACAGGCCGGGUCUGGUUAGGCUGGUCUGGGGUCAAGUCUAAGGGCCUGGCCAAAAUUAAUGGAGCCCACGAGUGGCAGAGCAUUUUCGGCGUUCACACAAAUUAAAUUCCAUCAAGUUUAUUUGCUGAAAAUGAAGCGGCAGCAUAAGCAAGGGCCAGAACAGCGCAGGAGUAGCAGAAAAGUGGAGGAGCAACAGCCGCCGCCUCCCCAGAUGGUCUUAAUUUAAUUUCCCCGCCUCCCGAAACCCUUUUCCCAGCUCGGCCCCCAAUGCUGAGAGCUAGCACGUGUUGCCAUGUUACCAUUUACAAUUUUCCAUUUAGAGCCGAAGGAGUAGAAAGUCUGUUCAGGGCCGGGACACACGACAGGACACUACCAAACAAAUUAAACAAAAGCUAAUCAGAGUUGACAAGAUCUGUCCGGUUUAUAUUCUUUAAAUUCUUCAUGUAAAUAGUCAUUAUAAUUAUUAUUGUGGUCUAUGCCCCAAAGUCCUUAAGGGAUGCAAAAAAGAAAAAAUAAUAUUUAUUACAAAUCUCCCACAAAUGCUAUAAUUAUAAAAUUGAAAAAAAAAACGAGACGAAGAUGGAGAUGGAUGGAGAUUAGAGGAAAAUCUAUUAAUUAGUAAUUAUUAUAAUGUGAUGUUAUAUAUAUAAAUCAAUCGAUAAAAAAGAAAACUAAAGCAAAUUGAAAACAAAAUAAAAAUUGUUAACCACAUAACAAAUUUCACUAAGUAGAUUUUUCGAAUUAAAUUUAAAUUUAAAGUAUAGAAGAAGUAUAGAAAACCCAGAAAAAAAAUCUUUCCUGUAUACACGAGAUAAAAAAAUUGCGUUUUUCUGCAUAACUAAUGGAUAUGUAAAAUGAUUUUUCAAGUUUAGAUUGCCCUAUAUACCUUAAUAAACAAAUAUAUAAAUAAACAAAAUUAUACAUAUAUAAUUACACUUUCUAUGUAAAUGUUGUGCGUAUAUAAAAAUUAACGAAAGUACAGAGCCCAGAUUUCGACACCUUUCAGUUUGUUUAUAUGUGUGUGCAAUAUAUUCUCCUCCAUUUGCGCUUGGCUUAAUCGAGAACAUUUUUGGGCCUUAAACCAACCUACUCAAGCCUUACUUAUUAGCCACAAUUCUUCAGAUCAAUAUAACAAAGUAUAUGUAUGUAUAUCCCCGGGGGAGGAGGGCAGCCCCCACACAAAUGAUUGUUCUAUAUCUACGUGAAUGUGUUCGUUUAUAAUCUUGUAUAAAAGCACGCUCUCUUCUCCGCUCAGACACGAAAUGUUUGUAAAAUAUAUUCGAUUCGACAAGUCAGAAACGGAAGAUACGAAAUUAACCUAUAAAAUAAAUAAUACUUCUGGGAGUAAAGCAAGAAGACACUUUAGUUUUUCUACUUGAAUCGCAUUUCUUCCACUUUUUACCAGUCAAAGAUACUUGAAAUGAUAAAUUGAUCGAAAGGAGGAAUGAAUUUUGAGUCUCUUCGAUGAUACCCAAGCUCAAAAACAAACGAACCCCAAACAAAAAAGUUGAGACGAAAUUAAUGUUUAAGAAUAAUAGGUUCUAUUAUUUUAGUUGUUCUGUUAUUUAUAUGUUAGACUUAGGUUCUGUAUAAUUUAUCAUUAAGUUUUGGCUCUGCAAUAAAAACAGAAAACUAUA